CAUUUUCCUCCACCAAAAAGGCACAAUGCCGAUGCGCUGUCACUACGAAGUGCUCGGCGUCGAGCAGCAAGCGACUGCCGACGAUAUCAAAAAGACGUAUCGCAAACUGGCGCUGAAGUGGCACCCGGACAAGAACCCGGACAACAUUGCCGAGUGCACCAAAGUCUUCACCUUGAUCCAGAAGGCCUACGACGUGCUGAGCGACGCGAACGAGCGCGCCUGGUACGACUCGCAUCGGGACUCGCUGAUGCGGGGCGCAGACGGAGACGGGUCGUCGGGCGAGGAAGGCGUCGACCUCGUGCCGUACUUUAGCCCCGACGCGUACGCGGGCUUUGGCGACGACGAGGACGGGUUUUACACUGUGUUUGCAAAGCUGUUUGAGCGCAUUGCCAAGGACGAGGCGCAGUUCUACACGGCUGCAGACGCUGCUCGCCAAGACCGUUACGAAAUCCCGCCGAGCGACGACGAGGACGAGGUCGAUGAGGACGAGGUCGAUGAGGACGAGGAGGACCAAGAUGCAAAGGACAGCAACAAGAAGAAGACGAAGAGCGGCAGCCGGAAGGCAAAGCGAGGUGGCGCAGCGACGCCAGAGCGGCCAAACCGCACCGAAUCGCCGCGAAUGCUGGAAAGCCCAACGCCAGCUGCGAGCGAUGCCGGUGGACAUGGCUCAAAGAACAAGAAAAAGCAUCACAACAACCAGCAGCAGCAGCAAAAGGCCGAGGAGUCGGCGUCGCGCAAACAAGAGGCAAACACGUCCAUGUUCCCGCCGUUCGGCAAAUCCACGAGCCCGUACGAGACGGUCGGUGCCGCCUUCUACAACCACUGGAGUGCGUUCUCAACACGACGACCAUUCGCUAGCAAGGACUUGUACGACACGCGAGAGGCCCCGAAUCGCCAGAUUAAGCGCCUGAUGGAAAAGGACAACCAGAAACAGCGCGACAAGGCUCGCAAAGAGUACAAUGACAACGUUAUUCAGCUCGUCGCGUACCUGCGCAAGCGAGAUAAGCGCGUGCAUGCGUAUCUAGAGCGCAUGGAGCGCGAGCAGGACGAGCGCGCUUCCAAGCACAAGCAGCGCUUGAAGGAAGAAAAGAUGCGCCGUGCGGCCGACGCCGAGCAGUAUCGCCACAUUGCUGCCUCCAAUCUCAAGGAGAUGGAGGACGAUUUAGCGCUGGUUGAGAAUGCUCUUGACGACUUCCACGGGAAGAAGCGCAAAGGCAAGAAAGGCAAGGACGCGAACAAGGGCGCAAACCGUGCCGCAGCCGCAUCCGACGACGCUGCGCAGGAGGACGGCAGCUCCACACCUGCAGAGGCCAAUGAGACCACGCUUUCACCUGAGGGAGAAGACGCUCUGGCGGACGGCAGCAGCUCUGGGACUGGCGUCGCUCAGCAGGACGACAUGGACGACGAUGACGAACCUGAAGAACUGCUCUGCGUGGCUUGCAAGAAGGUGUUCAAGUCCCAAAAGGCAUGGGAGAAUCACGAACGGUCCAAGAAGCACCUGGAGAAGGUGGCGCUUCUUCGCGCGAUUUUGGAGGCCGAAGACGAAGCCAUGGCGCAAGCGGCGAGUGGUCUUAGCAUUUCCGGCAACAAUAACAACAACAGCAACAGCAACAGCAACAGCAACAACAACAACAGCGCUGCCGCCGCACCUUCGCCAGCAGGCAAGGGUGGCAAGCGGGGCAAAAAGUCUCGCCGAAAGGCCGCAUCCAGCGACGAGGACGACAGCGACCAAGAUUAUUGAAGAGGAGUUGUGUGUGUGUGUCGUUGCAUUGUCUUCCAUAGAUUGAAUCGUUUCUUCUUCAUGUGGUUGAGGGCUUUGUGGAAGGGAUGUACUGUACUUCAAUUUUGAAACCGAGCUUUGCAUCUUCAAAGUGUUCCACCAGCCCAUAUA